AUGGCAACCGAACCUAUCAUUGUUGUCCAAAUCUUGGAAGUGGAUGACAGGCCUAUUAAAGUAUUUACCCGUAAUCAGCGUCUGUUGGAGGAAGGAUUGGCUUGCCACAUCCCUGAACAAUUUGCAGGCGUGUUAGCCAGAAAUCAAUUACAAACCUUACAGCCAACACGCUAUCCCUCAGCGUACGUUGUGAUUACCGACGACGCAGGCCAGCCUGGAAAACAUUGGACAGUUUUUGUAUGCGAAAAAGACCAUUGUGAUUUCUUCGACUCGUUUGGAUGUUCCCCAGAAGUGUAUGGCCAAGAUUUUGCCGACUUUGCGCGGCGUCAAGGACCCUUACGUCACAAUAUCCGGAGGAUUCAAGGAAAUCAAAGUUCUGUCUGCGGGCUUUAUUGUUUCUUUUACUUGUGUCAUAAAUUCCACGAACCGUCACCCCAUGCUUUAUCGGUGUUCCAAUCUAAUCUGACCGAAAACGAUCGUUUAGUCCAUGCUUGGGCCCAUCACCAUUUUCCUUAUUUGUCUUUUGAAGAUGGCGAAACAUGUUUAGGAUUUAUGAAUGACAAUAUGUUAGAAUUAAUGGAUUUAAGUUGA